CUACUCUUUUAAAUAUAAUCAGAUGAUGUUGAUUACUGUCCUAUUCAUAUUUUGUAUUUUCUAUCCUACUUCUGAUGCAUUUAAAGUAUCAACAGUCGAAGAAAAUGACUAUGAGAUGCAAAACGUUACUUUAGAAUGUAGAUUAUGUCUAUCAGGACUUAGUUUAGCACACUAUUUUAUGGAUGAUAUGUAUUGGCGUGAUAUAUACAUGAUGGGUGCUAAAAAACUGUGUACAUUCAUCUCUUCUGAACAAAUAAAAAAUAUUUGUAAUAAAUACACCUCGAAAUAUUUACCAAAGAUUUUGGAUGAAGUAGGAUCACUAAUAGGACCUGGAAUUUGUACGGACUUCGAUGCAUGCAAGUCUACUGAGGUUAAGUUGUUUACAAUUCAAGAAAGUAAGUAUUUAUAUAAUUUUUAAAUUAAUCGAUAGUUUUCGUACAAGAUAUUAAUUAACAUUCAAUAUCUGAUUAUUGUAUAUAUAUUGAGGAGAGUUUUGGCCAAAGCAAUUUAGUGUAUGUGCCUGCGUUUUUGCCAUUGAAUAAUUCCAAGAUUUUCAAUAUUAAGGGGAAAUUUGGUUUUACUGACGAGUGUCAACCAAAAGGACUGUAACAUUUAUACCAGUUAUAUGUCUAUAAACUGUAAUAAUUUCCGUGUGUACAAAAUAAAACAUGAUAAAUUACUGAAUAUGAACUUCUACAAAACAGUUUCAGGAAUCGACAACCAAAAUUCAAUGCUCUUUUGUUCGUAUUCAUCAGAAUGAUGUCUUAAUCAAGUAACCAGACUUCAUUAUUAGUGAAGUUAGAAAUCUAUACUAAUGGUGCUGAACAUUUUUGUUACUGAAAAGACCGACGUUUUCUAUUAUGGAUGUUAAUGACAGUUUUAUUAUGAUGUAAUGUAGUAAACUGACAACUAUUCACAAAAAACCGAAAACUGGAUGUUGAAUAAAACAAAUCAAUUAGAUAUUAAAACGUCAUUGAACAAUUUAUUUCUCAUUAUAUAAUUAAGCUGGUGUUUACAUUUACUAUGAAGUGAAAUACGAAUCCUUGUGAAGAAUACUUUUACAAUUACUUAACUGAAACAAUGAUAAGCGUUGAAAGGAUGAAAACUUUGUUGAAUUACGAUACUUUGAAGAAACAGUUCAUUGAAAUUACUACCUCAAAUAGAUUUCCAGCCGAUUAUAUUAGUCAGUUUUAGUGAUAAGGCACUAGGUUUGUAUUUGAACGGAAGGAUUUAUUGUGCUUUCUGAGCUGGGUAGUCUAUUAAUCGAUUUAGGCAAUAUCGUAACUAGGAAUUUCAAUAGUUUACUUCGUUUGUAGGGUUUGUUGAUACUACUGUCUAGAAAGAUAAUGAAAGUUUCACAGUUAAGCAACAUAGCAGAGUGGGCACAAGACUAAUAAUGAACCCGGACAUAUUUCGCAUUAUACUAUCGAGGAUGAUAUAUAUUUACGUUCUAGAAUCCAAAAAAACAAUAAAUUUUAUUUUUCAUGAAUGAUCAGUUUUUAAAUAAGAUAGAACAUGUUGAAGAAAAAGCAUUGGUUUACUGAUUGUCGUUAGUAGAAUAUUUCAUUUCUACUAAACGCAGUGCAAAUAACUUCUAUUUCUGUUAAAUGCAGUCAACUCUGUUAUUGACACUUCAAUAGAAUAUCAAAGUUCAACUUGUUUCCUUGAAGGAAAUGCUAAGAGUAUUUAUAUAUUCUGUUUUAAGUGAGGCCUCAAGAUCGCCUGUUCCAAAGUAUGUUUAAUUUUAAGUGUAUAAUUUUAAGUUAUAGUAUAAUUUAAAUUCCAUUAUUACUAUUUCGUGAGUUUUUGUUUUCUCAGAGAAUGCUCAUAUUUGGCUAAGGUAAUCAUCAUAUUAACGUGUUUAAACAGUCUAGGACACUAAGUUCACUUAUUAUUGUUUGGUUGAAUCAGUCUCUUAUUGGCAUAUAUGCAUAGGACGAAAGGCGCAUCCUGGAUUUCACUACUAGCCACUAUCCAUCUUUGCUUAUAAUACUUGUGAAUUAAGGCUAUAUCGAGGUAAUAGGCACAGUAUGCCUAUAUACCAAUAAGAGAGUGACCAAUUGCAGUCCUAAACAUUAAUGCGAAGAUUAAACCACAGAGUACUAAUUGAAUUUAAACUUCACCCCCCAUCGCACAAGCAAGUGGCUAUCAAGACUCAGUAGCUGAUUGGAUAACGUGAUGGUGUUUGAAGCAAAAGGUACCGGUUUCGAGUUCCAGAGUGAACAUUAACUCAGAGAUGCAGGUACAUCCAACUGCCGAGUCCCAAAUAGGACGAAACACGCGUCAGACUGGAUUCCACUACUAGCCCAUACCCAUCUUUGCUUACAAGUCUAGAAUAUUGUAAUAGUUUUGACUAUAACAAAAGAACUAAGGUUUCUUUUUUUCUUUUUCUAAUAUUUAUUUUUUUCUUUACAGAUAACAAAAUCUAAACAUUAUUUUUCUAACUAAUUCUCUUUCAUUGUUAUUAAAUAUUAUACUGUACACAUCAUAAAUUAUGAUAUGAUAUGUUCGGUCUUUAUGUUCUGAAUCAUCAUUUUAAUACUAUUUAGAUGUACUAGUUAAGAUGAUGAUUGUAUCAUUUCCUUGUGGUUAUCCAAUUUUUAGCUGCAAGGAUAUAUAAUGAAUGUUUGAAAUUUCGACCAUUAGCGUAAUAUAAAAAUCUUUCAUGAUCAAAUAUAUCAGUAUGGAGAGAAAGUUUAUCAUUCAAUAUGAAUUAAUCUCUAACUAAGAAAAUAAAACAUUGAACAAAAGCGAAUUACGUAUUAAACUCUAAAUGACUUGAGUAAACACGUAUCUUUUUUAGAGUUUAGUUAUGAAUUAUUAUGUUUAUAAGACUUUCAAUCUAGGCUUAUAACUAACUAUAAUUUGGUGUUGAUAGAACAUUCACUAGUCUGUCUUCAGUGUGUCAAUUUAAGGCCAUGAAUUUCAAUACAUUACUCAGUCAUUAAGAUUUUAGUUAACUGUUAAUCCUAGUGAGGUUUAAGACUAGGUAAAUAAAUCCGCUUAUAUAUUAGUUUGAUUUGACUUACAUGUAGGCAUGUAAUUUUCAAAGGGAACAUGGUUCUUGUUGCAUUCUAUCCCCUUAUACGUUGUGAUUUGAUUAUUAGAAAUGCAAUGUAUAUGAAAGCAGUUUUUGAUUGAAUAGUCCGAUAAAACGUGGAAUGUUUUGCUGGAAGCAAACUGAAAUUUUAUUGGGUAAAUAUACGAGUCAAAGAAUAACAUAUUGUGACAUCGAGAGCACUGGAAGUCUCCUGGUAAAUAGAAUAGGUAAGUGAGCUCUCAAACGAAAAACUGUUUACAGCUAUUUUUUAAUGCAACUUGAAAUUCGAAAUAUGGAUAAUAAAAUGGAAGUAUGAGUAUUAAUUACAGCUUCUAAGGCGUUAACAUUAAAAAGCCACGCUUAUAAGUCACCAAGAGUUCAAAAACCGACUAAAAUAGUUCCCUAGACGAGAGCAAAUAAUUCUUGAAUAAACAAUAAUUACUUAGGAUUUCAAGGAUCAGUAUUUCGAAAUCUCAUAUUCUUCACAAAAUAAGGUGAAUGGAUUAUUUGUAGCCCUUAGAGAAAAUUGGAAUAUCACAAAAACAUUUAUAAAUUGUUGUUUAGUUUAGUUAUACUGCAUGCCCAAAAAUAAUAUUUGAUACUGCUGUAUUGUGUGCUACUUAUGUAGACAUAGGUAGUACAUAACGAUAAUCAGGAAUAGAAUGUCUUGCAGCAGAAGGUUGAAAAGAUCAAAGAGGGAAGAACGGGAACAGAAGGCAAUAAGUAUGGAAAUGCAGGAACAAUGAAGUCUGAGACAAUUGACUGAUAUUUGCAAAAGGAAAAGUCAGGUUUGAGACAGUUGAUUGACAUUUUGCGCAUUAAGUAUUAACUACAAUGUUCCGUAAUUUUGUGUUCGAAUACAUUCGAUUGUCCACAUUUGUUUUCUCGUUCACUACACUGCCGAUUGUAAAAUGAAAUUAUGUUGGUGUGUCUAGUACGAUGUCAUGCUCAUAUGGAAUUUUCUAGUUUCCGGAUAAACCAGCUUAUUUUUUAUCGUUGAGUCACAUUUUGACCUUGUCAGUUAACCGCUGUUUUCAUAUAAGCGUGUGUUCAUCGCUUGCCACAUUUAUAACACAACUUCAGUGUAUUUUUGUCUUGUUGUAAAUGUUGAGUCACUCUUUAUCAAAUGUAGUUGGCACGCUAGCCUUCUCCACUUUGCUUCGCAUUUCUGCUUUUCGUUCUUAUUAUCUGCCUGAAUAAACGACUGUCUGAAAUAAAUCCAUCCAACU